GCGGCGAUGGCGACUUGGCUCUUCUACCCGACGGAUUGAAAGUGGCCUCGGAUAUGACUUGUAUGUAUUUCUUAAAGUGUAGUUUAUUGCAAACCCGGUGCACGGAUCUUCAAUUGAAUGAUUUGGCAUUUCCAUUCUCAUUGCUUUAUACAUGAAUUCAAUGUCUUCGCUCUAAGUCACAUUUUCACAACGGGAUCAUCAGGAUAGCACCUCAUCUGUUGCUAGUUCUCUUUGACUGAGAUUUGGGGUCAAGUGAGGAAGGCAUGUGUUCCUUGUCCAGUGACCCACACUCCUUCACAGGGGCCAUGGAGGAGGAGGAGGAGGGGCAGGAGAGCAUGGAAUGUAUCCAGGCCAAUCAGAUCUUCCCCAGGAAGCCCCCAGUCCUGGAGGAGGAGAGCCUGCAGGUGCCCUUUCCCGAGCUGCAUGGCGAGUUCACAGAGUACGUGGGUAGAGCGGAGGAUGCCAUCAUCGCCAUGUCCAGAUACCGCCUCCACAUCAAAUUCAAAGAGUCCAUCGUCAACAGUGAGAGUUGUGAGGUGUCAGUAAGUGCCUACCCAGCAGUCCCUGCAUGCCCAGUGUGGUGCCCUGCCCAGACUGGGCUGGAUGACAUCAUGGCGACGUGUGUGUUAACCCGUUGCAUGGCAUUGGACUGUGUUGGAGUUGUGACACAGCAUUAGCUUCACUCUCAGAGCCACUACAGAAAAUAAAAUGUGCUUUGGGUG